AAGGAGGCGCCGGAGGAGCGCCGCGGCAGGCGCGGGACGGAGCGGCAGGGUGCGGGGGCUGCCUGCUGGGCGGCCGGGCGCGGCGAGCCCAGGGAGGCAGUUUCCAUGGAUCAAAGGGAAUGCCAGGACCCUGCCCAGAAAGACGUGGGCCACCCUCAGCACCGACAGCCAACGCGAAGAUAGCAGAGCCGUCCACUGGGUUGAACCAUGAUUCCAGUGACUGAGCUCCGCUACUUUGCGGACACACAGCCAGCGUACCGGAUUCUGAAGCCGUGGUGGGACGUGUUCACCGACUACAUCUCCAUUGUCAUGCUGAUGAUCGCUGUCUUCGGCGGGACGCUGCAGGUCACCCAGGACAAGAUGAUCUGCCUGCCUUGUAAGUGGGUCACCAAGGACUCCUGCAAUGACUCGUUCCGGGGCUGGGUGGCCCCCAGCCCGGAGCCCACCUACGCCAACACGACGCUCCUGCCGACCCCUGACACAGGCCCCACAGGCAUCAAGUACGACCUGGACCGGCACCAGUACAACUAUGUGGAUGCCGUGUGCUAUGAGAAUCGGCUGCACUGGUUCGCCAAGUACUUCCCCUACCUGGUGCUCCUGCAUACCCUCAUCUUCCUGGCCUGCAGCAACUUCUGGUUCAAGUUCCCUCGCACCAGCUCGAAGCUGGAACACUUUGUGUCUAUCCUGCUCAAGUGCUUUGACUCGCCUUGGACCACACGGGCCUUGUCGGAGACAGUGGUGGAGGAGAGUGACCCCAAACCAGCCUUCAGCAAGAUGAAUGGCUCCAUGGACAAGAAGUCAUCCACAGUCAGCGAGGACGUGGAGGCCACCGUGCCCAUGCUGCAGCGGACUAAGUCGCGCAUCGAGCAGGGCAUCGUGGACCGCUCAGAGACAGGUGUACUGGACAAAAAGGAGGGGGAGCAAGCCAAGGCACUGUUUGAGAAGGUGAAGAAGUUUCGGACCCAUGUGGAGGAGGGAGACAUCGUGUACCGCCUCUACAUGCGGCAGACCAUCAUCAAGGUGAUCAAGUUCAUCCUCAUCAUAUGCUACACCAUCUACUAUGUGCACAACAUCAAGUUUGAUGUGGACUGCACUGUGGACAUUGAGAGCCUGACAGGCUACCGUACCUACCGUUGUGCCCACCCUCUGGCCACACUGUUCAAGAUCCUGGCCUCCUUCUACAUCAGCCUGGUCAUCUUCUAUGGCCUCAUCUGCAUGUACACACUGUGGUGGAUGUUGCGGCGUUCCCUCAAAAAGUACUCGUUCGAGUCGAUUCGUGAGGAGAGCAGCUACAGUGACAUCCCGGACGUCAAGAAUGACUUUGCCUUCAUGCUUCACCUCAUCGACCAGUAUGACCCACUCUACUCGAAGCGCUUUGCCGUCUUCCUUUCAGAAGUGAGUGAGAACAAGCUGCGGCAGCUGAACCUCAAUAAUGAGUGGACACUGGACAAACUGCGGCAGCGGCUCACCAAGAACGCACAGGACAAGCUGGAGCUGCACCUAUUCAUGCUCAGUGGCAUCCCUGACACUGUGUUUGACCUGGUGGAGCUGGAGGUGCUGAAGCUGGAGCUGAUACCUGAUGUGACUAUCCCACCCAGCAUCGCCCAGCUCACUGGCCUCAAGGAGCUGUGGCUAUACCACACGGCGGCCAAGAUCGAGGCUCCAGCCCUGGCCUUCCUGCGUGAGAACCUGAGGGCGCUGCACAUCAAGUUCACUGACAUCAAGGAGAUCCCACUGUGGAUCUACAGUCUGAAGACGCUGGAGGAGCUGCACCUGACAGACAACCUGAGCGCAGAGAACAACCGCUACAUUGUCAUCGACGGGCUGCGGGAACUCAAGCGCCUGAAGGUGCUACGGCUCAAGAGCAACCUGAGCAAGCUGCCACAGGUGGUCACGGACGUGGGUGUGCACCUGCAGAAGCUGUCCAUCAACAACGAGGGCACCAAGCUUAUCGUCCUCAACAGCCUCAAGAAGAUGGUGAACCUCACGGAGCUGGAGCUGAUCCGCUGUGACCUGGAGCGCAUCCCCCACUCCAUCUUCAGCCUCCACAACCUGCAGGAGAUCGACCUCAAGGACAACAACCUCAAGACCAUUGAGGAGAUCAUCAGCUUCCAGCACCUACACCGCCUCACCUGCCUUAAGCUGUGGUACAACCACAUCGCCUACAUCCCCAUCCAGAUCGGCAACCUCACCAACCUCGAGCGCCUCUACCUGAACCGCAACAAGAUUGAGAAGAUCCCCACCCAGCUCUUUUACUGCCGUAAGCUGCGCUACCUGGACCUCAGCCACAACAACCUGACCUUCCUCCCUGCUGACAUUGGCCUCCUGCAGAACCUCCAGAAUCUGGCUGUCACGGCCAAUCGGAUUGAGGCCCUGCCACCAGAGCUCUUCCAGUGCCGGAAGCUGCGGGCCCUGCACCUGGGCAACAACGUGCUGCAGUCACUGCCCUCGCGCGUGGGCGAGCUGACCAACCUGACCCAGAUUGAACUUCGAGGCAACCGGCUGGAGUGCCUGCCCGUGGAGCUGGGCGAGUGCCCACUGCUCAAGCGCAGUGGCCUGGUGGUGGAAGAGGACCUGUUCAACACGUUGCCACCCGAGGUGAAGGAACGGCUCUGGAGGGCCGACAAGGAGCAGGCCUGAGUGCUGGCAGGCAGCUGGAGCACGGGGCUGGUCCAGAGCAGCUGGCAUGGGACCAGCGAGGAGUCCUCAGGCCCAGGAGGGUCAGGCUUCCCUCUUCCCAGAAGUCCAGGGACGGCUAGCUCAGCCUCGUGGCCGGGCAGGAGCCUGGGGAGGAUGUGAGCUGGGCCAGGGCGAGUGGACAGAACCAGAGGGGCUGGCCCCUUUUCUCCCUCUGAUACUCAUGCCCCUCCCCGCCCCCACCACCCCCUCCAGGGCAGGCGCCUGUUGGGGGAGAUCGAAGGAUUGUGCUGUAUUUGGACAAUCAGGACCUCCUCACUGGAGGCCAUUUCUGCCCCGUGGCUGAGCCGACGCCAGAGGUCCAGGGACACCUACAUAGCUCUUGGUAUUUAUUUUUCUCUACAUCCCACCUCCUCCGUCCCGAUAACUUACACAUUCCCAAGGAAGUUUGGCUCAGAUGGAGGGUGCUUAUGGAAGGGUGGGCUGUGUCUCUGCUUUGCCCUUUUUAUUUAGUGAUGCAGCUGGCAUUUAGUGCCCACUCAUAUUUGAGCAGAGGGGUCCUGGGUGAACCAGCUGUGGGACGGUCCCCUCCACUGGUGCCAGGCUGGGCUCUGGCAGCUCAGCCCACGGGAGAGCAGGCUACCAGGUGGAGAGGCCAGGCCUGGGGCCUGCCUCAUUAGUUUUUGUGGCAAUUUCAAUUUUUUUUUUUUUUUAAGUAAAACAAAUUUUGUUUUUUUUUAAA